AUAUACAUCUAAGAAAAGACACCACUGACUCAUGCAAAUCGAGCCAAACCCAUUGAUCGAUUGGAAGCACUGCACUGUGUUGGCACUUUGUGAUGAUUGGAAGGCCAGCGGAAUACCUCUAUAAACCCCUCGACACCUUCCUUUUCCCAUGACCAGCACGCGGCAAGUGUGACUCGAUCGCACAUCAGGAAUUCCAAGAAAUAUCUCGUGGUGGUAUUAGAGGCAGAUGGAGGAGUUGUACGAGUGGGAGGUGAUGUGGCCGGAGGACAACAACGACGGGCCCAUCGGCUCCGCCAACAGUCACGGCUCGACCCGGAAGACGGCGCCGGGCGCUCGGAGUCCGCCUUCCUCGUGCGCGGCGCCGCUGGACAUCCCGAGCGCCCGACCAAGUCCCGGGCGCGCAUGCGGCAGCGGCGACGGGGAGGAGGAGAUCGAGUGGGCGCCGCCGCAUGUUGUGGCGUCGCGACGCAGCGCGGAGGGGAAGGUGGCAUUCUCGCUGUGCUCCGGCCUCGGGAGGACGCUCAAAGGCCGGGAUCUCCUCCACGUCCGUAACUCCGUGCUCCGCAUGACCGGCUUCCUCGAAGGAUGACCUACUCCCGCCUCGCACCCAAUGCAUGAAGAAGAGAGUACGGUGUCGACGAUACAUCUACACCUGCAAACAGUCCCUCGGUGCUCAUCAGUUGCGAGUCUUGUGAUCUUGAUCCUUAAAUUGUGUGCAUACAAAUCUCUAUCAUUCUUCGGCCUCCCUACCUAUAUCAUAAAACAUAUUAACUAAUGCAUAAGCAUCAGUUUCGGUACCUAAGAGAUCAAAAUUCCAAGUCAUGAAAAUAGCCUCUUUAACGAUUGCCAAUAGAACAAUCUGCUGACGAGUAUCGUCGUCUGCAUGAAACCCCA